GGGGCUGGUUGUGGGGCUGGGGGCUCGUGCCCACUCACGGUGCCGUCAUGGCGGUCAUGGCCGGGUCGGUCCGUCAGGGGGCGCAGCGCCAGCGGGGGGAGGGGCGGCUUAAGGGGACCGCGCUGGGGGAAGGCCCGAUGUGCGCCACAGCGCCCCAUAGCGCCCCAUAGUGCCCCAUAGUGCCCCACAGCGCCCCAUAGCGCCCCAUAGCACCCCACAGUGCCCCAUAUCCCCAUGGUGCCCCAUAUCCCCACGGUUCCUCUCCCCUCGUCCCGUCGCUCCCCGCCCUGUCCCACAUCCGGGCCCUUCCUGCCCCACAUUCGCAUCCCGCGGUAACCAUGGCAACGCCGGCAGCGCGGCCGAAGCCCUCGCGAGAUCCCGCGCACGAGAUCUGCGGGAUCUCAUCUCGCGAUUUCUCGUGCGCCGUCUCGCCGGGCGCUUCCGGUUCCGGUGCGUGCGGCCAUGCGGCUGCGUGUGUUGCCGGGCAGCCCCGCGGCGCUCAAGGUGGUGGCGGCCGCGCGCUCCGCCGCCGCCGCGGUGCAGCUGUGCUGGGCCCGGCCCGGAGAGCCGCCGCCGUCCCCGCUGUGCGCCCCGUGGGCCCCGGCCCUGCAGCUGGAGAGCGGCGCGGUGCUGUUCUCCGCCAACGCCAUCUGCCAGUUUUUCUUCCUGCAGCGCGGUGAGGAGCCCAACGAGCUGAGCACGCAAUGGCUGGAGUGGGAGGCGACCGAGCUGCAGCCCGCCGCGCUCCAGGCCCUGUACGCCCGGCUGGUGCUCGGCAGGACCGAGGCGGCGGCGGCGCUGGGGGAAGCGCUGGGUCACGUGGAGCGGAGCUUGGCGGGGAGCGGCACCGCGUUCCUGGCCGGGGACAAACCGUCGGUGGCGGACGUGGUGGUGUGGGCCACGUUGUUCCCUUUGCUCCGAGAUGAAGCUGUUCCUGCAGCUGAGCCACUGCAGAACUGGUUCCGGAACAUGACGCUCUCAGAGGCCUGCAGGAGCGCUGCCGACACCGUGCUGCUGCCUCAGCACCUGCAGGAAUUCACCGCCUGCCUGCAGAAGCUGCCACGCCCGCUGCUGGAUGCAGCCUCAGGCUGUAAGGAGGAUGAUGUGUUGGAGCAGGCGCUGACGGAGGAGGACGUGGCAGCAGCUGCCGAUGCCUGGACUCGUGGUGCUGCUGCGCUGCCCAAACCGUGGCGGCCUCCGAAACCCGUGUUGCCGGUGGAGGGCAUGAGGAACGUGCUGAUCACCAGCGCGCUGCCCUACGUCAACAACGUGCCCCAUCUGGGCAACAUCAUCGGCUGCGUCCUCAGCGCCGACGCCUUCGCCAGGUACAGCCGCCUGCGGAACUGGAACACGCUGUAUGUGUGCGGCACCGACGAGUACGGCACGGCCACCGAGACCAAAGCGGUGGAGGAGGGGCUGACGCCGCGGGAGAUCUGUGACAAGUACCACGCUGUGCACGCCGACAUCUACCGCUGGUUCGACAUCUCCUUCGAUUACUUCGGCCGCACCACCACCCCGCAGCAGACCGUCAUUUCACAGGACAUCUUCCAGCGCCUGCAGGCCCGCGGCUUUGUGCUGCAGGACACGGUGCAGCAGCUGCACUGCGCCGCCUGCCAGCGCUUCCUGGCCGACCGCUUUGUGGAGGGCAUCUGCCCCUUCUGCACCUACCAGGAGGCACGUGGUGACCAGUGUGACAAAUGUGGCAAACUCAUCAACGCCGUGGAGCUGAAGGCUCCUCGCUGCAAGCUGUGCGGCGGCAGCCCCACAGUGCGGCCCACCCGGCACCUCUUCCUUGACCUCCCCAAGCUGGAGGAGCGGCUGCAGCCGUGGCUGGAGAACUGCUGGGCCACGGGGAACUGGACGGCCAACGCCCGCUACAUCACGCGCUCCUGGAUCCGCGACGGGCUGCGGCCGCGCUGCAUCACACGGGACCUGCAGUGGGGCACACCUGUGCCUCUCGAUGGCUUCCGGGACAAGGUGUUCUACGUGUGGUUCGAUGCUCCCAUUGGAUAUCUGUCCAUCACUGCCAACUACACAGAGCACUGGGAGCGCUGGUGGAAGAACCCGCAGCAGGUGGAGCUGUACAACUUCAUGGCCAAGGACAACGUGCCCUUCCACAGUGUUGUGUUCCCCUGCUCGCUGCUGGGCGCUGAAGACAACUACACGCUUGUCAACCACCUCAUUGCCACAGAAUACCUGAACUAUGAGGAUGGGAAGUUCUCCAAGAGCCGCGGCGUGGGGGUGUUUGGGGACAUGGCCAAGGACACGGGCAUUGCGGCCGAUGUGUGGCGCUUCUACCUGCUGUAUGUGCGGCCCGAGGGCCAGGACAGUGCCUUCUCCUGGGGAGAUCUUAUGCUGAAAAACAACUCGGAGCUGCUGAACAACCUGGGCAACUUCAUCAACAGAGCCGGGAUGUUUGUCUGCAAGUUCUUUGAUGGUGCGGUGCCCCCCAUGGUGCUGACUCCGGGUGACCACCGGCUCUUGGCUCGUGUCACCAUGGAGCUGCGGCAGUACCACCAGCUGCUGGAGAGGGUCCGCAUCCGUGAUGCUCUGCGCUGCGUUCUCAACAUUUCCCGCCACGGCAACCAGUACAUCCAGGUGAACGAGCCCUGGAAGCGCAUCAAGGGUGGCGAGGAAGACAGGCAGCGUGCUGGCACCGUGACUGGUGUGGCAGUGAACGUGGCGGCGCUGCUGGCUGUGCUGGUGCAGCCCUACAUGCCAGCAGUCAGUGCAGCCAUCCAAGCACAGCUCUGCGUGCCCCCGGAGUGCUCAGUGCUCAGCCACGUCUUCACCUGCACACUGCCGCCCGGCCAUCGUGUGGGCACGGUGAGUCCACUCUUCCAGAAGCUGGAGAGUGAGCACAUCGAUGCCCUCCGCAAGCGCUUUGGAGGAGGGCAGGCAAAGCCCCCCAAUCCCCCUGCACAGUCAGAUCCCCCCUCGGUGCCAGGCCUGGCUCCCACUGACCCAAACCGCAUCCAGGAGCUGACAGAGCAGGUGGCCGAGCAGGGUGACUGUGUGCGGCGGCUGAAGGCGAGUGGUGCAGACAGAGCGCGCAUCGACAGCGAGGUGGGCAAACUGCUGGCACUGAAGCGGGAGCUGGCGCUGGCCCAGAACAAGAGCCCUGACACCCCCAGGGGCAAAGGGAAGAAGUAACACAACGGGCCGUACUGAGACGAGUGUAAUAAAACAGAUGCUGUACAAA